CAGGCUGGUCUUUUUCUUUAACUCCCUUGGGCUUUGUCUUCUGUCUGCUCAGUCCUCUCGGGGUCUCUGUUUCCAUCUGUCUCUGUGUGCCCUGAUCCCUCCACCUCGCCUUCUGCUCUUUCUCAUUUUCCCCCCUGACUUUCCCUCUGGCUGCCUGUUUUCUGGGUCCCUCGUUUCUGCUCUUUCUCUCUGCGCUCUGCCCCCCUCCUCUCUCCCUCCCCUCGGUUGCCUCAAGCCAUGGCUUCCCCCUUGCUCUGUGAGAAACCCCCAAACAGUGUUCAAGGCUUGUGAUGACCCAACUUGGGGGUUGUUGUGGGAGUUCUAGGGUCACGACAUUUCCCUCCAGGAGUGACUUGGCAGCAAUUGCUCUACUUCCUCACUUCUGCAAUUUCCAGACGGCACAGAGGUUGGGUCUGCAGAGAGAGACACCCCAGCUUCACAGCUGCAGCUGUUGCCCCAUACAGGUGUUCCCGUGUGGUCUUUCAGGCACCAGGAAGGCCAUACGGUCGGCUGCUCCACCUGGUCCAGAGUGAUGGAGUCAAGUGGCUUCUCGCGCGUGGACUCUGAGUUCAGGUACACCCUCUUCCCAAUUGCUUACAGCAUCAUCUUUGUGCUGGGGGUCAUCGCCAACAGUUACGUGCUGUGGGUCUUUACUCGCCUGUACCCUGUUAAGAAACUCAGUGAGAUAAAGAUCUUCAUGUUGAACCUCACCUUGGCUGACCUGCUCUUCUUGGUCACACUGCCCUUGUGGAUCAUCUACUAUCACAACCAGGGCAACUGGAUCCUCCCCAAAUUCCUGUGCAAUCUGGCCGGCUGUUUCUUCUUCAUUAACACCUACUGCUCUGUGGCCUUCCUGGCCGUCAUCACUUACAACCGCUUCCAGGCAGUGACAAAGCCCAUCAAGACUGCCCAGGCCACGACCCGCAAGCGUGGUAUCACCUUGUCUGUGGUCAUCUGGGUGGCCAUUGUGGCCGCUGCAUCCUACUUCUUCUUCCUGGACUCCACCAAUACAGUACACAACAAGGACGGCACAGGCAACAUCACUCGCUGUUUUGAGCAUUACGAUCAGGGAAGCAUCCCAGUCCUCGUCGUCCACAUCUUCCUUGUGUGCAGCUUCUUCAUUGUCUUCCUCAUCAUCCUCUUCUGCAACCUGGUCAUCAUCCGCAGGCUGCUCAGACAGCCUGUGCAUCUGCGGCACAAGGUCGCAGUCAAGCGCAGGGCGCUGUGGAUGGUCUGCACGGUCUUGGCCGUGUUCAUCAUCUGCUUCGUGCCCCACCACAUGGUGCAGCUGCCUUGGACCCUGGCCGAGCUCGGCUUCCAGAACAUACACUUCCAUCAGUUAAUAAACGAUGCACACCAGGUCACCCUCUGCCUCCUCAGCACCAACUGUGUCCUAGACCCCGUCAUCUAUUGCUUCCUCACCAAGAAAUUCCGCAAGCACCUCACUGAAAAGUUCUAUAGCAUACGCGGCAGCCAGAAAUGUUCCCGGGCCACCUCGGAGACAGGCACGGAAAUGGUCAUGCCACUCUGAUGGAGGCUGCCUGUUCCUUCAAAAAUUAGUCAUGAUGGCUGGGGCCAGACCAGAGGCUUCUUCUCUAUGGACAUCACAGACUGACCUGGGGAUGGAAGGGGUGUUUACUGUGACCGGUAUACCUUCUCCCUGGGCACUUGUGUUCCAUCAGCAGUGGAGGGUACCUCACCACGGCAGGGAUGAUAACAGAGUCAGACUGCUUGGAAAUCCAGGACUUGAAGAACCCCUUCAGCUGCCAGCAGCACAACGCAUAAUUACCUUGGCUGGUGUCCUCAUCUUAAGCCUGCUAGUUCUGGGAGGAAUGUCAGGACCACAAGGCCAGGGGCAGGCCUUGGAGUCACCCAGUCUGCCCCACAGGGCAGCAGCCCCAAAUGAGUGUGGUCUUGAGCUUUGGGUAACAACUCCCAAGUGAGGAAGGCAGAGGACGGGGCUUUGAGAAAGGGACACUUUCCUGGCUGUGUGGUAGUUGGUAUCUUUUGGGCAAACUCUUGAACGAGGAUGGUACCACCUCCCUCCACCCAUAGGCACAUUUCUUGGGGACACUUCUGGGGCUAGUGGCAGGGUGGAACUUUCCCCCAACUUAAUUAAUCCAAUCACCUGUUCUGAGUGGCACGUGAACAGAGUAGAUAAAACAUACAUAGACCUGAAACUGAGAUGUGGAGCUUAUUUCCCGAGGCAGUCGUGUCUCUGCACAGGCCUCACAUCCAGCUUGGGUCAGCUCUGGACGAGUGGGAACAACACAACCACCACCUCCACUUGUCUCCGCACUAGACCCUGAGGAAGUAAUGGUCUCCGCAGUAAACCACCUCCUUCGGGGCAGCCACUCCCCAUGACUGGGCGAAUUUAAGCCAUGCAGGACAUCACCAUGGGGCUUCCAUGGCAUGGCUGCUUAGGCUGAGACGCACCUGUGUGUGGAAGGAGCUGGAAGGUCCCCCGACCCUGGCCCUGCCUGGCACUCUGGGGGCUGCUUCUAACUUAACUUCCAGGAGUUGGGAGGAGCAUGGAGUUACUUUGAAUUCUGGGUGCAGAAGACAGGGGUCAGCUUCUCAAGGACCUCUAGAUGUUGGCCAGUAAUUUUCAGCAAAUGUAUUCAAGCAAGUCUCCUUGGAGCCUGAAUCCAGCAUCCACAGGCUGAACUUGGAAGUUGCAGACUGGGGGGCUUGGAUGAGCCGCCCUUGGUCUAUUCUAAGUAAGUCCAGCCAGUGUCCCCAUAAAGUUCAGAUCCUUAUUUCCUGCCUACCGGGCAAUUUUGAUAAACACAUCCCAACUGGCCAGCCACCUGGCUGGGUCUGGGAUGACAGCUGUGCACUGGACUUGGAUGAUGGUCACCAGGUGGGCAGAGCAGUGUCCGUGAGCUUGGGUGUCAGACAGCCCCAGGUUUGCCAUUUCCUGUCACGGGUCUGCGAGCUGGAUUUCCUACCUCACAGGGUUGUUAUGAACUGGGAAUGCUGAGGCAGGUGCCUUGUGGUCAUCGGCUCACCCCGGCUUCUCCCCUUUUUUUGUGAAUUUGCUCAUCUCUGUCCUCCUAGGCGGAUGAGAGGUGAGCAUCUGGCCCGUCAUAUUCUCUCAGGAAUUGUCAAGCUCAGGAAUGCUACCUUAAGCUCUGCAGGUUACAUACCUGAAGACAUAAAAGCUCUGGAGCUGUGAGUGUGUCAGGUGUGGGUCUGUCUGUCUUGGGGGUGGGGGUGGUGGUGGGGGAAGCUGGCCACCUGCUAUGAACAUGACAGGCCAUGCAUGGCUCUGCUCAGAAUGGACAUAGACACGGACACAGGAAAGUAGAGAUGGGAGGGGCUGUUGACGCUCCUGCUCCAGACCAAGCCCUUCUGGAAGCUCAAUGUCUGAGUUUCUUCUUUGGAAUCCUGUGAGACUUCCUUAGUAGGCUGUGUUUUCUUACUUUGUUUAAGCUGAUUUGAGUGGAUAUAGAUGACAAGCAAAAGAAUGCUGAAUGAGAUAAAGGUUUAUAUGCUAGAGCACCAUGUUUCUUGGAUUUCAGUGUACCUGCCUCACAGUUUUUGCAAUA